CGGCAACGGCGAUAGCGUCGGCAACUGUCUUGGUUUCUGCAGCUACUUCUGUGAGCCUUCCUUUAAGACCAUCUUUCGUUCUAUGUUUAUUUUUGUCUCUUCUUUUCCUGGCUUCUGGACGCUUUUUGUCUUGCUUGUUCUAAUAGUUCAGACUCGGUCCGGCACCGAUGCUGACAAGCCCCGGCCGACGGCAUUGACAGUGCAUCAGAAGUCAGACGCGUCUGGACGGCGAGAUCUAGUGCUUUUCAGAUUUGAGAAUCUGGUGCUUGUCAGGUGUGAGAUUGGCCCAAGCUGGCGACUUGCUUUAUACGUGGUACUCCUGAGAUGGGGGCCGGGAAGUUGGCGGAGCACUCUCUAUGCGAGUCUACUUCAGUGUAUCUUCUGGGGGUGAUAGGAGGCUUGAUGUCUGCGGUGGAUGGUGCGCCUUGGAUGAGUAACGGCUGUUGAGUAUGAAUUCAGAUGAAGGAGAAGCUACGGAGAACGGUAAAGGCGGCAUACUUUACCAGAACACAUACCAGGCGGCUUGCAUGUAUAGGUGAAUAGCUAGUUAUGUUUAAGCAUUAGAGAACUUGUAUACCCCUCCUCUUAGGGCACCCAAUCCGAUGCU